AUGCAGCCUCCUGAGGUGCUCGAUGAGAAUGGACACCGGCUUUAUCGUUCUAGCUACAGGCCGGGAGACACUUUGGUCGCCCCGCCGUACGAGCUACACGAGGACAGCCCCGGCUUAUACAGCCUUCAUGACCCGAACCUGAACUUCAGAGUCGACAAGAACGUGAUCACUAUCCUCACGAGUAAUGCAAGUCCCGGAAACAAGUUACCUUCGCCUCGCUCAUCGAAGAUUGGGCACAUGCAUCGCCGUCACUCACGAGUAGUGCCAUUCCCAGAAGGCGAUGAGUCACGGUCAAACUGGCUAGGGGUACUGGGGCAGCUCAUCGCGGCAGUCAUGUUUGGGAAGACGAAGAGCAGCGGGCUUGCGGUACCAUUUGAGCUCUCGGACUUCCCGAAACAUAUGAAGUUUUAUCUUCUCGAGAAGACCCAGACCGAUCUGCCUCGCCAGCGGCGAGUAAGUGUCUAUCUUCGGGAGAGCCGAGGGACGACUUUCGAAUCACCUUUCGAGUUUGCCCGCCACGCCAUGUGGCUUAUGGAUGGCAAACCCGAGAGGGACGGGUUGCAUGCUUGCCUUUGUAUCGAGGAGGGUCCUGCCAAGUACCUCUGUAGUUCAUGGUGCUCAACAUAG